AAGCCGAUCGUGCUGUUUGGUUCGUCACUUAUUACGCAGCAUUGUGAUUGUUUUCUCACCCGGAUACUAUACAUUCUGAAGGUGUUUCAGGAGGCAGCACAGUUGCCAGGAGGAGAGAAAUCAACGUUUCCUUCGUGAUUUUACGCUGUGAUUUUUGACCCCUCCCCUCAUCUCCAUUAUUAGCCAUAUCCACAUUUUCCGCCAUCUGACUCUAGAAAGUUAAUCUGCGCUUUGUUUACAGAGCAACAUAAGGCAAGGAAAAGAAGAGAAAGGAUAUCGCGCGGUUUGACUUGAAAAUUAUUUUCAAUUUGGGCUGUGAAGAAGAACAAUGAAUAUUCAAGACAAAUAUACCCUAUGAGGUUAAAUUAUAGCUAAACUAAUGUUACACGAAAACAACCGUUACACAAUUUCUCUCUGCAUGGCCAGAAUUUAAAACAGAAUGAAUGUGUUUGCAUAAUAUCAAAGACCAAAGAAUAUUUGUGCUUAAGGGAAGGAGGGGAAACGAGGAGGGAACAACCACACAGAGGGGAAAAGAAGGAGGAGAAUUGGAGACACGGUAGAGAGGAAAUCGUGCUCCUUACUAGCCGACACACGCCGCCAGAAUACAUCGAACAGAUUGGGGGAGAAAGGAGGCGAUAAGAAAGGAGAGAAGGUGAAAUACUAACAAGGGAUUUACACAGGUUGGGAUACAGACAUUGAUUAUCACGAAGGAAGGACUAACGUUAUUUUGUAUUUCACGUGCAUUUUAAAGACUAACGUUAGCCAUUUUCUUCUGGACAAGGUAUUGCAAUAUAACCCUUGUGAGGUAGCGGAAUGUGUAAGCUAGCGAUAGCUAAUUAGCUAGCUUAGAAUAUCCGAAUUCAGGACUUUGCAAAUUGUGUGGGUUUGUUAUCUGGCUAAAAGGCAACGUUAUAUAUGCCCUCACAGUGUUAUUCGUCAGCAUACGCUAGCGCUCGUAUAGUCAGUUGUUGGUGGUGUGGUUUUCAUAUUGAUGCCCCUGACCAUGGUGCUCUUUCCAUGAUUAAACAAUAACACUAGCCUAGCUAGCAUAAAAAAUAUUUUAUGGAUCAAAGACUUACCCAAUGGAUAACUAGCUGAGUCAAAAGGAAGGUCAAUCGUUUAAUAUCUCCCCACUGCAGCUUUGGCGCACAAAAAUAUUGGCUUACGAAAUACAGCAACGGUGGGACUAUUCACUGGCAUAUUUACGUUCAGAUUCCUUUAACAACGCCUUCAGACAGUUGCUGCAUUCCCUGCGCGUUGUUUUUAUUGUAAAUCCCACCUUGAUUACGCCAGGGCCUAGUUUACUAUAUUGCUAAUUUAUUAGGCCUGCAACCAAUCUGUGAGACUGUCAACCAUCAACAUUAGUACAGUCUCAUUAUUUUUUCUAUUAUUUUUACCAGCUGGCCUAACCUUUUUUCUUCGAUUUUCUCCGUGUCUUGUCAUUGUUGGGAGGCACGGAUUUACAUUAACAUUACCAUUUAAAAUGAACAUUAAUACGGCAUUAUUGUUUGUUUGACAGUACCGUGGAAACAAUCUUUAGCUCUCUAUAUUUAGCCAAUAGUGGAAAUUUUGGGAACCGUCGCUAAAUUUAACCAGGCUCAGUGUAAAACAGGAGUUUUGAUCUUUCUGGGCAGAGGAAACCGGCUAAGGUUACUCACAUUCUAGGCAUAGCGAGACCCUAUCCUAGAACAGGGUACAACCAAGGGGAAGGAGGCAACGGUAUAAAUAGAUAGCUAACAGAGACAGAGCUGUUCAAUGUUAAUGUCGACUGACGUCGCAUCAAUAAUGUUACCCGUUAAUCGGGGAAUGAUGGACCGAGAGAGGGACAUUGACUCCGCGGCUGGACCCCUCGAAAACUCUGCCGGAGCUUCAGCAGCGGUCCGAGGAAUGAAGCGUGGAGAUCCGGAGCCUGACGCACAAACAGCUGCAGCUUUGACCGAACUGGCCGGGGCGGAAUGCAAGCGGCCAAGGAUAGAUGGGACCGGGGCUGUUGGUGACAUUGGGCAGGGAGUUCAAGAGUCUACGGGAGGCCAGGAGGGGCUGGUGCCCCCACCCUUCUCCGCCUUCCCCCCUCCACCCCCUCCUCAGAAUGGCCUGGCCACAGAGUUUGGAGGUGCCCUGUAUGCCGCAGGACCCCAGGGACCCUCUGAGGCCGGAGCCGGCACUAAUGGCCCCGCCUCAGCCCCCAGCAUUGUGAGCACUCCACAGACAGAGGGCUCUUCUCAGGUAGAUGUGGUGGUUCAGUGUGGGACGGCAAGUGGACCAGGCGUGUCAGCCGUCGUGACCGGGGGCGAGUCACCCGAACCUAAGGGAACCCCAAAGCGCCUCCACGUCUCCAACAUCCCCUUCCGCUUCCGCGACCCCGACCUCAGGCAGAUGUUUGGGCAAUUUGGGAAGAUCCUUGACGUUGAAAUCAUUUUCAAUGAGCGGGGUUCUAAGGUGAGUUCUAAGGGCUUCGGGUUUGUGACGUUCGAGACUAGCGCAGAUGCUGAAAAUGCUCGUGGAAAGCUUCAUGGCACACUAGUGGAAGGGCGCAAGAUCGAGGUUAACAAUGCCACAGCCAGGGUAAUGACCAACAAAAAGGUUGUCACCCCUUACCCCAAUGGAGAGGCUCUCGCAACACUGCCCUAUGCUGCUGCGGGCUGGAAGCUGAGCCCGAUGGUGCAGGGCAUUUACGGACCAGAGCUCUAUGCAGGUCUCCACAUGACCUCUGCAGGAGUUCCUGGCUUCCCAUAUCCCUCAGCAGCUGCGGCCGCCACCACGGCAGCAGCAUUCCGGGGAGCUCACCUGAGAGGGCGGGGCCGACCUGUCUAUAGUGCUGUGCGUGCUGCUGUCCCCCAGCAAGCUAUCCCCACCUACCCUGGAAUAGUGUUUCAGGACUCAGUCAUUAGUAGCAGAUUGCCUCAGGGAGGCUACGCUGCUUAUCGCUAUGCUCAGCCCACUGCUGUAACCGGGGCGACUGCUGCUGCGGCUGCAGCUGCCUACAGUGACAGUUAUGGCCGGGUGUACACUACAGAUCCCUACCACGCCCUGAGCCCUGCUGCCGCUGCCUAUGGAGUCGGUGCCAUGGCUAGUUUAUACCGGGGUGGAUACAGCAGGUUUGCUCCAUACUAAGUGGACCACCCUCCUCCCUCUUGGAUUUCCCUCCUCCCUCCUAUUUUCCAGAGCCCCCUUUUCUCUGGCUUCCCUCCUGUGCUGGGCCCCAUGGUCCGCAGCCCCCACCAGGACAUGUACAGAAGCCUCACACCACACCACAGUUUGUCUGUCAACUCCACAACACAACAGGAGACAACCAGGACCAGUGAGGGACAGUGGCAGCAACAUUUUCAAAGACUGCGGGACACCAACGGACACACGGACAGAGACGGACAGAGGGAGGACAGAGAAAUCGCUGCUUGAUUUAUUGAUAGGUUUUUUUUUUUACACUACAGCUUUGCAAUCACUAUUUUUUGUUUUGUCAAAAUAGUCUGUGGUUACGCCCUAUAUUUUCAUUUUACAGAAAAACCUUUGUAUUACAGCUGACACUAGUAUUAAGUUUAGUGAAUCAUUGUGAACCGUAUCUUUAUAUUCUCUUUAGCACUCAUACACACAGAGCAUCAGCACCAUAUACUAUUUGGCUUUCAAGCGUGUACUAUCGACUACUGUUUUUGACAAACAUAAAAUACGAUAAGGGAGGGGAUCUCCCUCGGCUACAUUUGAAAGGGCACAACCAUUUUAUUGGAAGGACAGUUGUUGAGGAUCGGCUCUCGUAGCAUAAAUGAGAGCAGUGGGACAUUUAUAGCAAAAACUGCAUCAUUAAAUAAGCAUCAUGGGCAAAACCAAAUUACAGUCACUUCACAAUCAAGUUAACAGCGGGGGAAAAAUAACUUUUAAGAAUGACAAGGAGAAGAAAACAAAACCUCUUGUUUUUGGUCUGCAUUACCUCAUGUUUUUCCUUUGGUUCUAGAAAAUGUUAAUUAUAAUAAUAAUAAUGAUGAUGAUGAUGAUGAUGAUGAUGAUGACUUACGAUCAUGUAAAUGAUGCUAGAAAACACCAAUUCAAAUGACCUUUGGGCAACAGUUAUUGUUAUUAUUAUACACAUUUUCUAGUUUUGAUUUAUUUCAGGUCUGCUAGUAUUAUAACUAUUAUAAAAUUGUCAUUUCUGUGAUUUAUAGUCUCGCAAGCAUUUCAGUCUGUAUCAUGUAUCCAUAUUAUCUCAUCUAUCUAUAAUGUCUGCAUCCUUUGCCUGAGGAGGACUAGUGGAGCAAAAAAAAAAAAAAAGAGAGAGAGAGAGAGACGAUAUCUUUCUUCUGGAGCAAACUAUGACCAGCUCUGAGACUCACGUGAGACAUACGAGACUACACAGCAUUCCGUAAGCGCCACCUCUUAACUUCACGUCUGGAGUCAUUGGCCAUCCCGAAUCCAUCCAGUGUAGAGACCAUCCCAGUGAGUAGGAGCCGGACUGGUUCGCGGACGAGAUCGGAAUUCUCAGGGCUUGGGGACAGGAACACCAGCGGAGCUGUGGGAUCACUUUGUGUACCCCCACACUUUUAAGCCAGUGGUGCUCCUCUACCGAAAUUCAUUUUAGUUUCUUUUUUUUCUUCUUUUUUUUUUUUUAUUCCACCCAUCAACUUACGAACGGCACCCCUUUUUGCUGAGGAGUGGGACAGAGUGAAUGGUGUUCCUAUGCUUCCGCUCUGGCGCGUCGGUUCGUUUGGGAAUGUUGUAGUCCAGUCCAGUAUGUACCAGAGCUACUGCCUCCUUGCUCCCCUAAGCAGGAUGGGACAAACCUGUAUAAACUUUGUCUCGCUCCUGUUCUGUAUAUCUCCAUAUACUCAGACUAUGUUAUUGUUGCUACUAUUAUUGUUAUGAUAUAAUUGCUAUUGUUUCUUUUUUGGUUCCAAAGAUUCUCUAAAAGCACAUUUGUUUUGGUCGACUGUAUACACGUAUGAUUAUCCUUUUAAUGGUUGAUGUUGCAAUUAUUUUAGCUUUUUUAAAAAAGGAAAAAAAAUACGUCUUGCAUGUCUGUUAAAAUGGCAUCAUUGCAUCAUAGUGCUUCAGAAGCACCUCGUCUUGGAGGGAGACACCCAACAGCUUCAGCGAGGGAGGUGGGGAUGAAGCGAAGCAGGGUGGAUGUUAAUUUAUUUAGGCGGUUUUUAAUCAUUCGUAGCAACCGGACCCCUCAAGGGCUGACCGCCUACACUACAGUACAAGUGUUAAGAUGUUAAGGAAGCGGACGAGGUCGUCUCUUUGAAAAGCAAAUACCUCUCGGAGCCAUUAUGCGGAACGAAAAGUGAGCGGGCAAAUUUGGAAGUGGUAGGCUGUGGUCUUGAGGGAGUGAUGCAGCAUAGAUGUGUGAUCUCCCCACAGACACACAAAGGCCAGCGUGACAGGUCAGAGGAGGAUAGCGUGACAUUUUUAGAGACCCCAACAGUGUAAAUGUCACACGGGCCGAGGGGAGUAGAUGGGGAGAGCGAGAGAGAAAGAUAGAGAGAUAGAAUGUCUCUUCUAAGAGCAGUUCUCUCAUGAUAAUAACCCAAGCUGUGGCUACUGCUCAAUACCCCAUGGAGUUGGAAAUGUGGCUCUACCCGUGAUCAGCCCUGUGUGAGGACGCAGAAGGCUCAGAGGGUACAGUCCGCUGAAGAGGAGCGUUUGAGGUGUCUAUAGGCAGCUGGAGCUGAGUUUCUCCAUGUUAACCAGCUCAGACUCUAUUGUAUUAAACAGCACUAGUGAGAUUUCAGAAGGAGGCGGACAGAAUUUGCAAACAUUUCACACGUUCUCCUUUGUUUGGCCUGUGCAAGAGGAUGAACGAAAAAAGGUCUACAGAUUUUUGAAACAAACACUUGCUCAAGCCAAACUUGUAUAUUUGACAUCAGGAUAGAGAGGGGUGGGAUGGGGAAGGAUGUCGUUUUUUUUACUAGUAAUUGUCUACUGUCUCAGCCAUGUUGCUGUCUGAGGCCUACCUUGCCCUCCUGUGUUGUCAUGGAAUUCGUUGAACUCUUGUUUUUUUUGUUUUGUUUUUAAACUGUAUUGGAAUGCUGGGUCUGGGUUCUUCAUUUGACUUGAGAACCCCCCCUGUGAGCCUGUGUCUGCCCAGUUCUACUCUCUGUAGGCGAAUGACAUUAAAUGCCUGAGAGCAAACCCAUCCAGUGCUGGUUUAUAAAGUCAGAUUGUCUAUGCUGUGAUGUCCCCAUCAGUUCCAUACCCUUCUUUAGCUGACUCCGUCACCGAUCUCCCCCUGAAACCCAGACCCUUCCCCCUUACUUGGAAUUUGGAGAAUCUCAUUGGCCUCUGGGGCUGCUGAUGACAUCAUCUCAGCCAUGACCAGAGUGCUCCGGUGCCUGCGCAGUACUGCCUUGAUUGCACAGGAAAUGACCCGUGGGGUUUCAACUUUGACCUUGCCCCGUCUCUGCCUGCCUCCCUUAGUUUAUCCCCCUCCCAUGGUCCCUUUCAGUUUCCCAUUUAAAAAAGUGACUUGUGUAUUUUUGUUUUGUUUUUGUUUUUCAAGAUUUACACCACAUUCAUGCCUGCCUUUUUCUGUUAUUGUUUUUGAAUGUACAUAUAAACAGUUUGUUUGGUUUUUAAAA